UAGCCCGAGCUCCCUGGAACUGGGGCCUCCGAGACGGUGGGUGGCUGAGCUGGCCCCUGGAGCCCUGCUAAGGUGCUUGGUUUUCCUGCUCUCCCCCAUUACCUUCUCCCUCCCCCUUCCCCUGGAAAGGUUAUGGGUCUCUUGAUUGAAAUCUAAAUUUGGGAACGGAACCAGGAUUGGCCUGCAGCUCAGCAUUUUCACCAAUAAGCUCCGAGUUGGGGGGGCGGCCCUUGCAGCCGGAGUCCUAGCAGCAGCAGCAGCAGCAGCUUCAGCAGCAGCAGCUUCAGCAGCAGCAGCAGCAGCAACAUCAGGCUUAGGCUCAGCUGCAGCCCGAGCAGCAGCCCCAACUGCCCCAGGUCCUGCCGCCUCUGCCCCAGCCCCAGCAGCAGCGACCCCCGCAGGCCAGGGGCCGGGGCCGGCCACCCGGAUCGAGGCUCCGCUGCCCACUGAGCUGGCCGCCCCGGCGGCUCCCGGCUCUGCCCGGGCUCCCGCAGCCGGGCCGCGGGCUAUGGCCCUGCGCUAGCCCCACUGCUCAGAGCGAGAAUGCAGCCGCUGCCCCAGUGCUCACGCCGUGCCCCCCAGCAGCUGCCGCCGCCGCCGCCUCUCAGCCGGUGGGAGACCCCCAGCUGCCCCCCGUAGGGCGCCCCCUCCCCGGUCCGGACUGCGGGACCCCUGUGCGGCGGCCGCGUGCGAGCGGAGCGAUGCUGGCCUGACCUCGGAAGAUCUGCCUGCACUGCAAGUGUCCCCAGGAGGAGCACAUUGUGACGGUGAUGCCUUUGGAAAUGGAGAAGACGGUCAGCAAGCUCAUGUUUGACUUCCAGAGGAACUCGACCUCAGAUGACGACUCAGGCUGCGCCUUGGAGGAGUACGCUUGGGUCCCACCGGGGCUGAAACCCGAACAGGUUCACCAGUAUUAUAGCUGCCUCCCAGAAGAGAAGGUGCCCUAUGUCAACAGUCCUGGAGAGAAGCUGAGGAUCAAACAGCUCUUGCAUCAGCUGCCUCCCCACGACAAUGAGGUUCGAUAUUGCAAUUCCCUGGAUGAGGAGGAAAAGAGGGAGCUCAAACUCUUCAGCAACCAAAGGAAACGGGAGAAUCUGGGCCGAGGAAAUGUCAGGCCGUUUCCAGUCACUAUGACAGGAGCCAUUUGUGAACAGUGCGGAGGCCAGAUUAAUGGAGGCGACAUUGCGGUCUUUGCGUCGAGGGCCGGGCAUGGGGUGUGCUGGCACCCCUCGUGCUUCAUGUGCACAGUGUGUAACGAGCUCCUCGUGGACCUGAUCUACUUCUACCAGGAUGGGAAGAUGUACUGUGGCAGGCACCAUGCCGAGUGCCUGAAGCCUCGCUGUGCAGCCUGUGACGAGAUCAUCUUUGCAGACGAAUGCACAGAGGCCGAGGGCCGCCAUUGGCACAUGAAGCAUUUCUGCUGCUUUGAGUGUGAAGCGGUGCUGGGCGGUCAGCGCUACAUCAUGAAGGAAGGGAGACCUUACUGCUGCCGCUGCUUCGAAUCCCUGUACGCAGAGUACUGCGACGCCUGCGCCCAGCACAUAGGCAUCGACCAGGGUCAGAUGACCUACGACGGCCAGCACUGGCACGCCACCGAGGCCUGCUUCUGCUGCGCCCACUGCAAGAAGUCCCUCCUGGGCCGGCCCUUCCUGCCCAAGCAAGGCCAGAUCUUCUGCUCGCGGGCCUGCAGCGCCGGAGAGGAUCCCAACGGCUCCGACUCGUCGGACUCGGCGUUCCAGAACGCCCGCGCCAAGGAGUCCCGGCGCAGCGCCAAGAUCGGCAAGAACAAAGGCAAGGCCGAGGAGUCCCUGCUCAACCCGUGCGGCCAGCUGCAGGUCACCCCCAACCGGCUCUCUGCCGACGUGGACCCGCUGUCCCUGCAGAUGGACCUGCUCAGCCUGUCCAGCCAGACGCCCAGCCUCAACAGGGAGCACAUCUGGCGCAGCCGGGACGAGCUGUACCACUACGGGAACAAGCUGGAGCAGAGCCCGUCCCAGAGCCCCAUGCAGCUCCUCAGCCAGUGCAACAUGAGGACUUCCUACAGCCCCGGACAGGUGGCCGGGGCCCCGCAGCCCGACAUGUGGCCCAAGCACUUCGGCAACCCCAAGAGGAGCUCCUCCCUGGCCAUGAAGGGCCACGGCGGCAGCUUCAUGAAGGAGUGCCGGGAGGACUACUACCCGGCCAGGCUCCGCUCCCAGGAGAGCUACAGCGACAUGUCCAACCAGAGCUUCAGCGAACCCCGCGGGAACCUCAAAGUCCCCAAGUACGAGGAGGAGGAGGAGGAGGGCGGCCUGGCCUCCCAGCCCUGCCGCACCCGCCACCCGCUCAGCGCCAUGAAGUACACAGAGGACCUCACGCCCACGGAGCAAACCCCGCGGGGCUCCAUGGAGUCGUUGGCCCUGUCCAAUGCCACAGGCCUCUCGGCGGAAGGCGGCGCGAAGCGACAGGAGCAUCUCUCCCGAUUUUCCAUGCCGGAUCUGAGCAAAGACUCGGGGAUGAAUGUCUCGGAGAAACUGAGCAACAUGGGAACCCUGAAUUCCUCCAUGCAGUUUCGCAGUGCCGAGUCCGUGCGCAGCCUCCUGUCUGCCCAGCAGUACCAGGACAUGGAGAGCAACCUCCACCAGCUGUCCACGCCUAUCAGAUACAGGGACCUGCAGUCCCGGGGAAGGAUGCACCAGAGCUUUGACCUCGACGGGGGCAUAGCCGGCAGUAAGCUGCCGGGCCAAGAUGGGGUCCGGAUCCAGCCGAUGAGCGAACGUACGCGCCGGCGGGCCAGCCCCCGAGACGAUGCCCGCCGCUUUAGGCCCCACCGCUCACGCCGCUCCCGGAGGUCUCGUUCGGACAACGCCCUCCACCUGGCCAGCGAGAGGGAGGCCGUGUGCAGGUUGAAAGAACGGCCCCCCCUGCGAGCCCGGGAGGACUACGACCAGUUCAUGCAUCAGAGGAGCUACAGGGAGAGCCUGGAGCAGGGAUCCCGCCGGGAACUGUACGGCCAGUGCCCGCGGACUGUCUCCGACCUGGCUUUGCAGAACGCCUUUGGGGAGCGCUGGGGACCCUACUUUGCCGAGUACGACUGGUGCUCCACCUGCUCCUCCUCUUCCGAGUCCGACAACGAGGGCUAUUUCCUGGGGGAGCCCAUCCCCCAACCGGCCCGGCUUCGGUACGUCACCAGCGAAGAGCUGCUGCACAAAUACAGCUCCUACGGCGUCCCCAAAUCCUCCACGUUGGGGGGCAGAGGACAGUUGCACAGCCGAAAAAGACAAAAGAGCAAAAACUGCAUCAUAUCUUAAUGCCCGCCCUGCCUCCUGCAGCAGGCGGGAGCCCAGAAUGUAAAUCCAUCCACUUGCACUGUUUUCCAAUUUAAAGCGCUUUUCCCUUGUUUGUCACUCAAGGCCCUGGCGACCCAGAUGGAGGCGAGGUUAGGGAUCAGCUUCUAGAGAUAGUCACGGUUCUUGGCAUGGUGAAUAUAUAUAUAUAUUUUUUGCACAUCUCACUUUGGAAACACUUCGGACUGUCCCUUUGUCUAAGGGGUCGCGUUCCUUUCCCUCCGAUCUGUGUUCAGUUACCACAGGUUAGCGAAUUAUUUACUCCUCGCUUCUCUUACUCUCUCAUUUUUCAGGACUUUUUUUUUCCAGUAAGUGAUUUGUUGAUCAGCCAGUACCCAAGACUAAGUUAUUUACAUGUCCAUUGUAAAUGCAAUGUAAAUGAGAGUUCUGAUAAAAAAUAUUUUUGUAUUUUGUAAUAUCAGAGGAAUUUCUAUAUCGUAGGACUCAGUGGGAAAUUGCAUGAACAGCCAGCAUUGUCAAGUAGAAUUCAAAGAUGGUUUCAGGCCAUCGGUUUUUUCUUUCCCUUUUUAGAUUUCUAUAUAAAAUUUGUUAUAUAUCAGUGAGACAUUUUUUUCAAAGGAGUAUAUACAUAUAUAUUGUGUGUGUGUAUAUACGCACAUACACAAGACAGUGACUCUGUGGCUGGAAAAUAAAAAAAACAACAUAGCUACACAAGCAUCUGAUGCUUCAUUCCAUCUAAAGGAGUCUACAGGGUUUAUUUACUGAAGUCUGCUCACACCCUCAGUAGAAGUUGCUUUCUAUCCAGCAAUAGUCAUUUUUUUGAAAAUUGCAAUUGUAACUUUCGCCAAUUUGAGAAGCUAGCCAGUGUCAGUGAAGUCCAAUGAGAAGUGCCAUCUCCAUUGGGGACAUUGAGUUGCUUCAUAUUGAUCUAUUCCUUGGGGAAUUUUUUUUUUUAAAGUGUCCGUGGUUCCAUUGUGUGGUGUCUGCAUGGCCCUGUUCUGAGUGUGGUGCUGUUGUUUCCUGGAUUAUGUUAUCUGCUUUUCUUGACCAAGGCAGAGGGAGGACUGCCGUCAUCGAUAGACAACCCAAUAGCCUUAAAACGAGUGAAUUAGAAUUCUGGGAGCUCGAGUGAAAAGGGAAUUCAAACAGGUGGGACAGAGUUUGAGGUGAUUUCUUUUUCUCUGGGUUGUUCAUCAAAAGGCAAGGUAAAUUGUAAACAGGGAGCAUGUCAAAGGUAGAAAUUUUAUGGAAAUUAGUGAGAACAGAAGUGGAGGCCAGUGGUUUGCCAACUAACCGAGAUCCUGUUGGGAGAACUGCUUCCCUUGUCUCUUUCUGGUUUCAAGGUGGAAAUUGAAGGGUACCCUUCAAGAAAAAACGUGUCUAGUGUAGGAAACCUUCAGUGGUCGAGGGAUCUGGCUUACCUGAACAAGCCAAGAGAACUGGGGUUAAUAAUUAAUCCCAUUGGCUAUAAAAGGAGAAACCAUAGAGAAGGAAGAUUUCCAACUGGAAGGUUGGGGUCAUAAGGCAAGGACUGCACAUUUAUUUAAAGAGGUCAUUUGGGCUUGUGUUGUCUACCUUAAUGCUAAUUUUCCUACUUUGAUUCUAUUUAAAAAUACAACACAGAGAAGCACCUACGUUGCUUCUACUCCUUUCUCAUCCUUCAUUGAUUAUGGCAGUUAAGAUAAUCCAACAGAGAAUUGACAUUUAGUGAGACCUACAUUUAAGUGUGUUACACUUCGUAUCUCAUUGGUAACUGGCCUUGGUGGGGAGCACGUGAUGAUUUUCCAGUAUAGUACAUGCCUUUUCUUAGUAUUUUUCUUUUUAUUAAGAGGAAGUGAUCAGCAGAUUUUCAGAUCCCAUCCUAAAUGGGUCUGGGGGAAGGAAGGCUUUAAAGGAAAUAUAUAUAUAUAUAUAUGGCACUCAAUGCAGGAUAUAUGAAAAUAAUUUGCUUUUCAGGUAUAAAUAGAACAUUUGUCAUUGUCACUGAUUUAAAAAAAAAAAAAAGCAAUGCAGAUGUUGGUCGUGGCAGUUUCCCGCAUGCUAUGUUUCAUAUCUAAGCGCUUUGUUAAUUAUCUGAGCCUCUGGAGAAUUGUGUUAUGUUUGUAUAAUAAGUUUGUAAACUGCUUGGCAAACUGAUUAAGAAAUAAUCUGCAACCCCAGUUUAUUAAGGGGCAGGUUUCUGGUAGAAAGACAUGACGUAUUUGGAGUUUUGAUUUCAUUGAUGGGAACAAAAAGGAAAUUUGAAAAGGGGAGAAUUUGAAUGAUUGUAGAGCAGCUGAGAAGUCGUCUCCUAUUUCCCCCAACAAAAGAAACUCUCUCGGUAACAUUGCUCCCCAACACCCCUUCAAAGUAUUCGUAUACUUCCCUUGCCAAAAAAAGGUUCUGAUCAUUUCAUGUCCACCGAAGAAGAAAAGAGACCUAGAAAUUAACAUCUAUUAAUUACUCCUAAGGGACAAGGCAAAAGAAGCAAGAUGUCAUCUUCAUAGUCCCUUUGUUGUUCCACAUCCACCUUGGUUCAAUUAUUUUAACUAAUAGAAGUUCAGCUGACUUGGUUUUUAGUCUGUGACCGUGAACAACACUCAGCAAUCGCAGACCACUUCCCCCAAGAUGCCAUUUAUAACAAGAGGAGCGGAGUAACUAAGGGGAAAGUAGGAAAGAACUCAUGACCAUUAUUUCACUGUUACUGGAAAAACAAAUCAAACAAAUGUCCUAUGAAAAGCCAGGGAAUCCCCAGUAGAUCAGCAUCCUAUAUGAAGCCAGCCCACUAACAAGUAAGUAUUUAGCUCUCAUGAUUUCUAAUUUCUCUUCUCUCGUUAAGUAGAGGAAUGGUUUGGGACAUUGGUUAAUGGACUGUUUUAAAGAUUUGUAAUUCCCACGAUGUGGGCAGUCCCUUACCUCUCUAACUUAGGAGACGGUCUCUGAGAGAAAGCAGAAAGACAGAUUUUCUCUCUUCUUUGAGAGACAAUCAUCAUCCUUGAGAUAAUCUGUGAAGAGCCCCUCCCCAUUGAGCUUGCCAGUUCCUCAGACAGCAGAUCCGGGCCAUCUCUGUUUACAUAGCUAUGACUUUUCCAGCUUGGUAAGACCUUUUGGAACAUGCAUUUCACCUGCAUAUCCUUUAAGAAGCAAGAGUCACUGCCAUGAUUUGGGUGAGAGGCUGAGGUAGCGCUUCUGUGGCAGUCACAAUCAUCUCUUGAUAUUGGUUGAAGGAAUCUUGGAUUUGAGCCCUCUCCCUAGAUUUCUCAUAGACAGACUUUUUUUUUAUGUUCAAAAGAGUGUUUAGCUAUGGCUGAAUAAGUGGCUGGCUGUAUCACAGGAGGGGGCACACUUUUAACUCAAGAUCAAAGACUUUUCCAUCUUGAGACAUUGGCCCUGGUUUCUUCUCCCCCUUUACAUCCUAGUUUGUUUCUUUCAUUCUUGGUACUUAUCUCUUCUGUCUUACGCCUACUUUUGAUUUGAAAUAUAGUUCACAUUGUUUUACAGAUGAAUUCAAUAAAAAAGGAAUCGACCCUAUCCCAGAACCUCUCAAUUUAAGCAUGAGAUUCUCAGAGCAAUUGUCUGCAUAGAUAAAGCUGGAACUGAGAAUCUCGUGUUUGAAGAGCCAGAGAAUUUGCCCAAUUUGAUGAAGAUUUUCAGUCAAUAUACUUGAAAUAACCAAUCAACCUCCUAAGUUAAGGUGAGAGAAUAAAACUUAUAGAUGCACUCAAACUGCUGAAGAGAUGGGGGUAAGAGAUAUUUCAAACAUCUUAACUGUCUUAUCAUUCGAGACAGAUUAUCUUUCUCAUCAUUUCCUGAAAGAAUUAGGGGUCAUUUAUUCACACCCUCUUUUUUUACAUUCACAGAAUCAUAGAAUUUUAGAGUUGGAAGGACUUUAAUGAUCCUCUUAAUCUAAACUGCCCCCCCCAAAAAAAGAAUCCCCUCUGAAAGACCCAAGAAGAAAUUUUACAUCUUUUGCCAGAAGACUUUUAAAAGGAAAAAUUCAUAGCUUUUUGAGGUGGCUUAAAUGGUAGGAAAUCGUUCCUGACCUCAAAACUGAAUUUGUCACUUUUCAACUCCUACCCAUUAUUUUUGUUCUUUCCUUGGGGGGUGACGGGGUGGGGGGAGGAAGGGCAAACCCAUUACUCUGAGUCUUCCUGUCUGUAAAUAAUCACUUCAGGAAUGGCCACUGAGAUGUGAAAAUGUGAGGAAAGGGAGAUAUCAGAACUGUAAUUCCUGGUUCCCAGCCUAUCAGUGGGCAGGGGAAAGUGUCACCUAUUCUCAUUUACUUAUCUCCAUUUUCUCAUACCUUCUAUCUUUAUCUACUUAGUCCCACCAAUCAGUCAAAUGCAUCCUUCAUCUUACCAGUCUUGGAUCCAGAAGCAAUUUUCUCUCUUGUUUCUAUGUCCCUGCAAUAGAAUAAGAUGUGGUGAUAAAAAAAAAAAUUCCCACAAUCUUCCCAUUCUCUAGCCCAAGCUUUGUGCUCUGGGGACGCCAGUGGCCGUGGCUGAGUUGAUCAUAUUAAGUGCCCUUAUCUCAUGAGCUGAAAGUCAAUACCAAAGCUACACAGCUAGGAAUCAGCGGUGAGGGCAUUUUCAAGCUCAGCAAGCCCACAGAUUCUAGGGGAACAUGGCUUUCUAGACCUCAUGAUAGAAACGCUUUGGACACUCUCUUCUUAUGUUUAUUGUCAACUUGUAUACAACAACCUUCGCUUGCCUUUUCUUUCAUUUUUAUGAUGAUGCAUUAGGACUCUCGUAAUUCCUUCCUCAAGUAAGGAAAUAAGAUGAGAAAUAAACAGCAUGGGAACAAUUUGCUCUUUGUGUUUUCCCCUCAUCCAGGAAUUGAAAAGAAUGCUCUCAGUCCCAGAGAAGUCUGAGUUUCCCAAAGCAAAGUAGAGAAUUGAGAUGCUUGUUUGCUUGGAUAAUUUGGGUCCCCAAAGUGACUGCUGUACCUUUCCUGUAGCCAAAUGAGGAUGACAUUUUAAUUUAGGGGAAUCCUUGCCCACAUGCAAAAAGUAUUGGAAGUCAGUUUCAAAAGGCAUCUUCCUGGGCUGCUUGGGUUAUAAGACUCGGCUAGGAAAGGAAAGGAAACUUUCCAACUCAGGUUGGGAACCACAAGUGGUCAGCUAUUUUUAAUGAGCAGUAGGGACUAUGGUUAGUCAGCAUGAUUAGUUUAAAGAAGUUAUCCAAGUUGGGGGAAUUGGAUUUCUUUUCCAUUUCCUAAUAAAAUUCAGAUUAGUAACCCUGAUCAACAUGAAAAUUCCAUAAAACGUGACAUUGUUAGGAGGUAUAAUGUUUAAUAAACAUAUUUCCUGCCGACCAAACUAGAUUUCACAGAAUGGGGAUGGGAGUGGGAGGGGAAAUGUUUGUAGUGUUAGGAAAAUAUUUCUGUGAUUUAGCGGCCAAACGUAUAGGAUAGAAAGGUGUUUUGUUACCCAGGGUGGGGGAUGCAGAAAGUUGAUUGGUUGGUUAGGGCAAAAAAAAAAAAAAAAAAUUUAUACGGUCACUGGAUAUGGAAUCAGGGGACUGGGUACAAAUCCUCACUUCAUUGCUUACUACUUUAUGUGACUUUGGGCAAAUCACUUUGUUGGCCUUCAGUGUUCUCAUCUGUAAAAUGAUGGGAAUAAGUUAAAUGACCUCUGAGGCUCCUUACAGCUCACUGUCUGUGAUCCCAAGUGCAAACACUGGCCGUGUGGGCCACCGAUGAGUCUCUUAUCUGGAAAAUGAUCUAGAACAUGGCGAACAUUCAGCAAGGUUGGCUUCCUCAGAAAAACUGACCCAUUCUCAACAAAGACCUUUUCCUCCUCCACAUGUGGUUUGUCCCGUGGCCACCAGG